AACUCCCAGGAUGAAGCAAAGAGGACCCCUUUGUCUUGGGCCGCAGAGAAAGGCCACGAGGCAAUCAUCAUGAAGCUAUUGGCCCGCAAUGAUGUCGAAGUUAACGCUGAAGAUACUUGGGGGAUGACACCUCUAUCAUGGGCGGCUAAAGAAGGACACCUUGGUAUAGUGACCUUACUACUUGCUCAUCAUGAUAUUGAUGUUAACCCUGAAGAUCCUGAGAGGAUGACACCUCUGUCAUUGGCGGCUAGUCGAGGGCACCUCGACAUAGUGACCUUACUGCUUGCUCGUCAUGAUAUCGAAGUUAACGCUGAUGAUACUUGGGGGAUGACACCUCUAUCACGGGCGGCUAAAGAAGGACACCUUGGUAUAGUGACCUUACUA